AUGUCCACGUUCUCCUCGAUCCGCUCGUUCCCGAUGCAGCCCCAGCAGUAUCAGUGCCAGGGGUUCGGCGGCCUGCCGCACGCGGCCAGCUACUCGAGCCCGGCCAUCAACCCGGCCCAGGAGCGCAUGGCCCUGCCGCCUCUCAGCGUGCUGCCGUCGCGCGCAACGUUCGGCUACUCGCCCAUGCACAACAAGUCCAUGUCGGUCAUGGUGGCCUCGCCGGCCGCGUCGUUCUCCAUGCAGCCGGCCCAGUCGCCGUCCAAGAAGCGCGUGCGCGCGCUGCCCAACGCCUCCAAGUCCAUCACGCUGGACAUGCUGCGGCCGCACUUCGAGAAGCCGCUGGCCGAGGUGGCCAACAUCUUCGGCAUCUGCAUGACGCUCAUGAAGAAGAUCUGCCGCAAGAACGGCGUGCCGCGCUGGCCGCACCGCCAGAUCCGCGGCCUGCGCAAGAGCAUCUGGUCCAUCGAGAAGGCGCUGCGCUGCUGCGAGUCCGAGGCCCAGCGCCUGUCGUACAACGACCACCUCCAGAAGCAGCGAUCGAAGCUGCUCACGAUCCUCAAGGGCCCCGCCAGCCCGAGCAGCAAGGCCGCCUUCGAGCUCGUGUUGACCGAGCCGUGCUCGCCCAUGGGCGAGAUGGCCACCCCCACCGCGGCCGCCGAGAAGACCACGAGCCCCGCCCCGCAGAUGGGCAACGUGUCGCCCAAGCUGCCGUCCAUUGCGUCGCUGCUCAUGAAGAACGAGGAGCAGCAGCGCCCCAACUUCAGCUACCAGUUCUAA